CCCUCCUCCUCCCAGGUUCCUGUCACUCACUCUCACGCACCAUCGAGGACACUCUGACAUUAGAUUUCACUUUUCACACCGACUGGUGGUUUCUCACAGCCGUGUGUGGGUGGGUGUGUGUGUGUGUGUUUAGGUGGGUGGGUUUGAGGUCCGUUGCUCAUAGUUGGACCAUGUCAUGCUGGCUGUAGCAGCAUGUGGAAGGCAGCUCUUGUUUUGUACCAGCUCUUUGUAUUUGGUCAGCCACUCCGGGCUCAGGAUGAUGUCACAGCUGCUGCCAUCACUCCUCAGGACUGCGGUCUGGACUGUAUACGACAGGGAGGACCCGGAUGUGAAUACUGCAGAAUAACCAGAGCUGAUGUCAAGAGGGCUCUGGGUUUUAAUUCCAUUGGAGUCUUUGGAAGUUGUAUUCCCUGGCCAUGUUUUGAGUUGCUAGGAGAAGGACCUAAAAUCUGUCAGCACUACGUGCAGGCACCAAAUGAUGUGAAGAUUGUUGUACACGAGCUAAACACCACAUCUGACACCGUUGUUGUUUCCUGGAAGCCCAGCUACUAUGGGAUCGCCUUCCUGCGAGGCUUUCAGUGUCCCUCCAGGCUUUGGGAGGGUUCUAGUGUCGCCUGUCAGCUCUUUCUCUUCCACCGUAACGUCUCCCUUCCGGCUUCACAUGCUCAAAGGGUGUACAAGUCGGACCCUUUCCACGGCCUCUCCCUCGGGUCCCAGUAUGCUGUUACCGUCAUGGCUCUGCCAGUGCCUGAGGAGUGGAAGAAAUUCUACCGCAGCAAGAUCUUCUCCACACGCUCAUGUGCAGAGAAGAAUGGUCUUGAGCAGUGCAAAAAAGACUGGUACCCCAAACAUAUUGAGGUCCAGCAGGAAGGGACUGCCAUCACUGUGACCUUCAACUUGGCUCCCCCGAACCUGGGAAUCAGAAGCUACUUCUCACUGUGUUACGCAAACGGCAUGAAGAAAUACACAGACAUCACACCGAAUUCCAGCAAGAACAAAACUCACCACAGCUACCAGCUGAAUGGCCUUGAAGAAGGAACCAAUUACACCUGUGAGAUUGCAGCUAAUGAAGUGGAUGCAGUGAGGAAAACCUUCAAUGUUCAGGUCUUGCACAUUCAAAAAGGAGGUUCCUCGCCACUCUCUGUCACUCCCUCGUUGUCUCUGAUGCUUCCACUGGGCCUGGCUGUGGGAGCCAUACUUGUAGGCUUAGUGGCUGCUCUCACCAGGAGGAGGCCCAAGCUGCAGAAGAAGAAACUUGACAUCAAACCAGAUAUUAUCAAGCGGCAUCAAGACAGCGGGGCUCAGGAGGAAGUGAUGUCACUGACCAGCAACAGGCUGACCCCUCCUCGUCUUCUGAUUUGUUACAGCAGCUGUGAUGGGCCCGCUCAUGUCAAAGCCGUCAUGCAGUUAGGGGCCUUCAUACAACAGCACAUGGCCACUCAGGUGUGCCUGGACCUGUGGGACUCUCUGAGCGUGGCUGAGGAGGGCAGCAUGGCCUGGCACUGCAGGCAGAUCCGGGAGAGUGACUUCAUCUUGGUGAUCUGUUCUCGGGGCCUCAACCGCAGACCUAAGCCUCCAGAGGGUGACGACGAAGGUGAGGAGGCAGACGGGGGGGUCUACUUUGGGUCCAAUGCCUUCAGCUCCUACGCAGCCGUUCAACUUAUCGGAGAUGAGGUGGGCCGAGCCAUAGCCAGGGGCCGGGACCUGUCCAAAUACAUGGCGGCCAUUUUUGAGUACUCUGAGGAAACUGACAUCCCCACUGAGCUGAGGCUGGUAUCUCACUACAUGCUGACAAGUGACUUACAGCUCUUCUCCCACCUCCAUGGAGUGGCUCUGCACGGGCCGGGGCGUUACCUGAAGAUAAACCAUAUCUCAGAGGAAGGCUUUACUAAGUUACCGGCCGGUGCAGCUCUGCAGUGGGCUAUCUCUGCGGCUCGGAUGGCAAUGACAGCAAAAAUGCAUCACUCUGUGGAAGGAGGGGACUAACAAAAAAAGGAAUCCAUACACCCUGACUUACUGGUAGUGCUCAACCCAGUAUGGGAGAAAGGUUGGCCUGAAGAGAGACGUUCAUAAUGGCCACAAACUUCCAGACAAACUGGCAAGACAGGAUAAACUGUGAGGGUGACUAAUACAUCUAGAAUCCCUGCCGAUGUACCCUUAAGCAAACGACCAACUAACAACCUCUGCCUCAGUUGCGCUGCAAUGGCAGAAACCGUGCACUUUGACCUCUAAAAUGUGUUUACAUGCUACAUCUGUGUGUGUGUGUGUGUGUGUGUGUGUGUGUGUGUGUGUGUGUGUGUGUGUGUGUGUGUGUGUGUGUGUGUGUGUGCGCGCGCGUGUGCGUGCGCGCGCGUACUUGUUUUCAUGACAAAUGAGGACAAUUCUAUCAUAUCACAGCUUCAAUAUCAGGACACUCGGAAAGACGAGGACAUUUUUGGUGUCCCCAUUUCUCCAAACUCACUAUAGUGUUCUAGAGCCUCUGUAGCAUUAAAAUCAGGUCUGACCAAAAUAUAGCUUUAGACAAAAUCUCAACAGAUGGAUGUAUUCAUAGAAGCAUGGCUUGGAAUUACUUUGAUUCCCAGGUCUCUAGGACCUUGGGAAAGGCACGUCACCAUUUGUCACCUUUUUUUCAAAAGUCCUGAUAUUGUCUAUAAACACAUAUGUGUGCGUGUGUGUGUGUGUGUGUCUGUGUGUGUGUGGGUGUGUGUGUGUGAACAGGAAGGAUUUGUAAAAAGAACGUCCAGUAAUGUGUGUAAUCGAUAAAGCUAAUGAAAAAACCCUAACCCUUCUUAGCAGACAUUUUCUGUUUGUGUUCUUGCGAUGUCAUGUAACAAACAAAGUAUAUAUUGUAAUAUAAGCAUUGUACGUAAAUUAACUAUUAAUCUCAUGCACGAGUUAUUGAAGUUAUUCUGUGAGAAUGUUUGCCUUGAAGUACACAUUGUACACAUGCAUGUUUACACUGAGGCUUAUAGUUUAUGCAUGUGCAUAUCUCAUAUACAUAGGAAUGGAUUAAUGGGUCUUAUCAUUUUUAUUUUAUGCAGAUGUGAGGUUUCACAUGUGGAUAAAGUGAGCUGUCUUAUUGUAUUGUGUUUUUUGUGUAAUAUGAAUUUUCUAUUGUGUAUUUAAUCGUCUAAUAAAAUAAGAUUAAAACAGA